AUGUUUUGCCCCCGGCAGUGACUGGAGAUCCAACCAGGAGGAUUCAUUGUGACGCCAGCAGGGUUUUCCCUUCUCUUUCUUCACUUUAAAAACAAUCCUUACUGGAAAUAAACUGCCCUGAUCGAAGGUCCUGUCAGCAGCAGCAGAUUCUCCUCCUCUCCUGCAGCCACCAUGAAAAUAGCAUCUUUCAACAUCCAGAAGUUUGGAAAAAACAAAGUGUCAGACCCAGAUAUCCUAAAUAUCCUGGUUAAGGUAACAACACACACACACACACACACUAUGACCUGCUUUUUUACAUGUAAAACAGUCGCGAAUGAUUCUGUAAAAAUCCUCCUGGAUGCACUCAACAAAUCCAACAGGACACAUCACUACACUCUGAAGAUCAGCAGUCGUCUGGGCCGAAAGCAGUACAAGGAGCAGUUCAUGUUCCUGUACAGGGAUGACAUGGUGGACUUCGUGGAAUCCUAUCAGUAUGACGACCAGAUGACUGAAAGUGGAGACGUUUUCGCUAGAGAUCCCUACAUCCUGCGAUUCAGAUGCCUCAACACAGUGCUGAAGGACCUAGUGAUGAUCCCAGUUCACACCAAACCAGACGACUCGGAGAAGGAGCUGGAUGAACUCUACGAUGUCUUCCAGGACGUCAAGAAGAAGUGGAGAACCGAUAACGUGAUGAUCCUGGGCGACUUCAAUGCGGACGGCCUGUACGUCUCCAAGAAGGAAAUGAAGGGCAUCCGUAUCCGUAGCGACAAGAACUUCCACUGGCUGAUUGGAGAUGAUGUCGACACCACGGCGAGCAACCGAAACGACCACACAUACGACAGGAUAGUGGUUUACGGAGACGACAUGCUCCAGGCUGUGGUACCAAACUCUGCCAAACCCUUCAACUUCCAGAAGGCCUAUGGACUCAGUGAGGAGCAGGCUCUGAAAGUGAGUGACCAUUAUCCUGUGGAGGUGGAGAUAAAGUCCAUAAAUAAGAAAGCGGAUGAAAAGGAUGGUCUGGAACAGAAGCAGCAGAUUGAGCCCCGGGGCCUCGUGGUCGUGGACGCGGAUCUGCUGGAGCUGAAGAGAGGAAACCUGCUGCUGGAGAGAGAGAAGCUCGGUCUGGAGAUCCAGAUUCUGCGGGCCAAGAUGACCAAGAUAAACCAGGAGUGAUUUUAAACUGAGGAGGCCGGAUCCAUCCAAAACACCCAACAGAAUAAUAAACUCCUAACUUAACUAAACCUUAACUUAACUAAAUCACCUACAGAGCCACUCUGUAGUUAAAGGUGAACCAGUGUUCAAGUUGCCCGUCACACCAGACACUGCGUGUUCACUGGACGCUGCAGAUGUUCUGGGUGCACACUUACCUCAGGAACCAUCCUGAUAUCUGGAUGACUGCUAUCCCUCGUCAAUAUGAACUAACACAACACUUUUCACUUCAGUGUUUUUAAUGUUUUGACUGAAUCAAGGUGCCACGUUGUCUGUCUUGUUUCCUCCAAGCUGCACUCAUGGUGAAAUAAAAUGUCUGCUGUUACACAAACUAAUUCUUGCAACAUUUAGGAGGAUCUAUUUGAAGAAAUUGAGUAUAUGUCCAACUGUGUUUUCAUAAUAUGAAUAAAAUAAGAAUCGUUGUGUUUUUGUUACCUUAAAAUGAGCCGUUUAUAUCCUGACAGACAUUUUGGGCCCUCCAUGGAGGCCAACGUGUUGAACUGCCAUGUUUCUACAGUUUCUCCCACACACUUGGAAGAGGAGGGUGAAGCAAGGGAGUCGCAAUCUGCAACUACACUGCUAGAUGCCACUAAGUCCUACACACUGGACCUUUAAAGCAGUACUGUGUUAUAUCGCGAGGUGUGACACCUCUCUAAACAUUAUAAGCAUUAUUAACGUAAGAAUUACUGUUGUAUUACUGUAUUACCUAAUAAACUGGAA